UGUUGUCAAGUUACAGUAAAGGCAGAAAGUUACACAAUGUAGCAGCAGCAGCUUUUAUAAUGCGCUCUCAGCAGACACGUGUGCUUCUGAUCCUCGGCCACUCGUCGUUGUUUCCUUAGAAGGAAAAUUUGAUUUCAGUGGAGGCAAAAUCGUUUAAUUGGUCUUUUUUUAUCCGGACAGAAGUCACUAUGUAACGUCGGGUAAACAGAGUUUGCUGUGAAUGGUUUCUCAAUGAGUUGCUGCUCGGAAUAGCGUAAAAAUCGAGGUUGAACCAGGAUGGCGUUUUUAACGGUAGACAUUCAGGGGUAAACGUCGAGGGUUGUUAGCGCGCGAAUUUCAGAAAUUUUAUCAUAAUCAUCUCAGGAGAAGACAUCGAGGACUGCGGGGAUGGAUGUUCAUUCGGUCUUCUUGACCACAGGAGGCUCCGUGCUUCUUUUCCGACUGCUGAACAGCGGGUUGAACAGGCUCUACAUACCAGAGUCCGCCCGGAGAAACCCGUGGAAAUGGAGAAACAUCUUGACUUCGUUCUUCCACAGCCUUCUCACAGGAAUGUGGUCUGUCCUUUGUUUCUACUUGCAUCCGCAAAUGGCAGAAGACCUGAUCUCCACGCACUCGGUGUUCUCCCACGCGCUGGUCAGCGUGUCUAUCGGGUACUUCAUUUACGACUUCUUUGACAUGGUCCUCAGCCAGAAAAUCAGCCAGUCCUGGGAACUCCUUUUUCACCACAUGGUGGUCAUUACGUGUUUCAGUAUCUCGGUGCUCACCGGCCGCUAUGUGGGCUUUGCUGUGGUCGCAUUGCUGGUUGAGAUCAAUUCCAUCUUCCUGCACUUGCGCCAGGUUCUCCGCAUGGCCGGCCUGGCCAAGAGCACCAUGUACCGGCUCAAUAGCAUGGUGAACCUGGGCACCUACGUGGUGUUCCGCAUAAGCACCCUCGCCUGGAUGACCCGCUGGCUGGUGUUGAACCGAGACCACAUCCCACUCAUCAGCUACACAGUGGGGAGCGUGGGCAUGGCCAUCAUGACUGCCAUGAACAUCGUUCUCUUCUACCGACUGCUACGCAGUGAUUUCCUCAAGAGCAGUCGCGAAGGGUGGAAGGAGAAGGAUACGUAGUAGAAGGAAUCAAGUCCCUCGGCCACCAAAUUUCUGCCCCAUUUCUCGCAUCUGGACCACAAAACUCAGCACCAUGGGAUGCCUUAUUUUGUCAAACUGCAAAAAGUGUCAAGUGGUUGAACAUGAUUUUUUUUUUCCCCCCCUCUGUUUUCUAUCACUAUUAAUCUUCUUCUAGUAAGAUAACAAUCACAAAACGGGGCAUUAAGCCGCAUCAGAUUUGACUAUUGGCACGGAUGAGUUUGAGGAGCAAGUGCCUUCCAGUUGAAGUAAAUGACAUGUACUGUCCAUGUUUCAGAAGCAGCUUUUAAAAUGAAUAAAAAUGACAAACCUGCCAAUAGCUGAAGUUUAAUUAUACUGGAUGCACACUGUAAAAAAUUACAAUAUCAAAAUACACCAAAAUUCCUGAUACGUUGUAUGCCGAAAAAGGCCAAUAUAACCAAUAAACAAAGUGAUGCUUUGUGUAAAUCUUAAGUCGAAUGGCAUCGAAGGCUUUCCAGAUUGAACCAUGUGUAUUUAAAGCACUGACUGCUGCAGUUAAUGUAGGAAACCCUUCAGACCAGACCUUUCUAAGUGUCCGUGCUGGGAGAAUGUUAAUUGAAAGUAGCACUGAGUGUUCCUGUUGGUCUGCUAAAAAGCCUCAUAAAGCAUGAAUCUGCUACCUCAGAGACAUGUAGCUGCUGCGUGGGUUUUCUAAUAUAAGCUUUAUUAGCUCCAGGACUAUGUCUUGUGCCUCCCGUGAGGCAACGAUGUGGGUAUACAUUUUGCGUUUGCGUUGGAAGCAGUGCUUGACUGUUUGUGGCACAGAAUAAAACUGCGGAGCAACUAUGGUAUGGAAUCAAAAGAAAGGUUUCACUCGGUCCUUUCAAGAUGUGAACCAGUCACACUGCGGGUGCACAGCAAGUUGACGUGAUGACUGGAAAGCAAAGAUUCUGUUUUUCCUCACUUUGUUGGCGCUCGAGAGCAAAAGGCCGCACGUCCGGCAGCCGUUGCUGUUCCAGUAACUGUUGCCAUGGUUACCAAGAUGUCGUAAUGGGAUGCUCGCUCAUGCUGAUAUUCGGUACGAUGGAUCAAUCAGCUGAUGUGAAGGAACACCGCUAGAAGUUAAGGGCACCUGAAUUGCAUGAGACAUUUUUAUGAAAUAUGCUGCAUGCAAACGGCAAAUAUUACAGGCAAAGCUGUUUAUUCAGGAACAAAUGUUAGCAAAAAAGAAUAACUUUAGAACAUGCUGUACAGUAUGUUUAUAACAGUGAAAUUUUUAAUGGUUUUGUUUUACUUUUUGUUCAUCGUAAUUUAUUAAUUUUAUACAUUUUCUGGUUUGAACUGAACUGUUUGAUACAAUUUCAGGACAUUUUCAGUUUGAAGUUUGGCAGAGUGACUUAGGGGUCUUGUAUGUGGUCAUGCAACUGUAGACAAAAAAAUGUUUUCAGGGUUAACAUUUAGAUUAUCUUAGAAACGGUUUUAAAACUCAGUCCACAGAGGGCUGCACAACUGCCUUUUUCAGUCCUUAAGUGCUCUGUUAAAGCAAACAGUUGUAAUAUUUUAUUUUUGCAUAAAUGACCUUUGAGUAUUGCACCACUUGUAUCUCAUAUUAAAUAUUGUAUUCAGCUUACCUGAUGUAUGAGUUAUGCUGAAAUGUAAAAUGGUACUGAAGCUCUUUGACUUAUAAUGGAUCACACAGCAUUGUGAUUCAUAAUCUGAGAGUAACUGAGACGUCUCUUGUACUGGUUGUACAUCUGAUGCAGUUCUUAAAGUUGGCCUACUGAGUGUAAUUAGUUUGCUUUUAACAUGGAUCUCUCAAUUUUAAUCUCCUGUUUAAAAGGUUAUUUAACGUGUGUUAAGCUACUUUUGAAAAACUUGUAGGUAUUAGAACAUUUGACAUCAUAAUAUUGUAUUUUGUUCAGUCAUUAUGAAUGUAGCAUACAGCUCAGCCUUGGUUAAGAAGGGAGCAGUAAGCUUGUAAUUACAUCAUGAUUGUCUGCAACUAAAAUGAAGAAAAUUUCUAAUCAGUUGGUUAGUAACGGGUUAAUAACUGGACUGCAAUUGCGAUCUAUGACCACAAGGGGGUGCACUGGUACGUUGGACGAGUCCCAACAAUAUUACCAUGUAGCCAAUAGACGUACAUUUUCAUUUGAUAAUCCUUCUGUGUCACUGGUUUAAAAACUAUCUGGAUACUUAUAUUUUUAUAG